AACAAAAAAAAUCCCGUCCAUAAUCGAGAAAAAACGAAACACCUUCUCCAUCACGGUUCUCGAAAGUAGUGAAAUGAAGUGUAAUUUUCGUGCGGAAAAACGUCGUGAAACUAGUUGAAAGUGCGUCUAUCGUAAAGUGAAGACCGUGCGGAAUCGAACGCGGGUGUUUUCCGGUCCAGUCGCGGCGUAUUUCCGGUGGAAAAAGUGCUUUGGAAAAGUGUCGUCUGGAUUUUGGUGUUUCAGGUUGAUCGAGCCGUCGUUCGUUCAAAAAACGGACCACGGCAUGAAUGGCUGCUGCUUCGUGCAUAGAAACUGAGCUGCCUUCGAAGCGGAAUAUUGACGGAGCGAAAUUCGGGCUGUAAUCAAGCCAUCUCCCCAACGGCAGCAAACUAAACUUACACUCACACCCUGAAGACGGGACGGUCGGACGUUUCUCGCGUUCCACUUCGCUGCUGCGCCAAGUGCUGAGACUAUACCAAAACAACAGUAAAUCUAAAACCUUACGGCGACGAAAACGAAGGGAAACAAGUUCAAAAACCUCUUCUCGGCCAUCGCAAAAAGCCCGAGCAAAGCGCCAUCACAAUUUCCCCCUGCGGAAUAAUAUGGGCAAGCGACAUGCCGCGGACAGCGAGAAUCACCAGUACGAAACGCCCCAGAAGCGCCAGAAGGUUUCCAUUGAAACCCCCACCAGCUGCAGUCCGGCUCUGAACGUGAGCUUUCAACUUACGAGGGAGUUCGUCGAUGGCACCAUUCUGACGGAUCUGUCGCUCAAGGACUGGCGCAUCGGAAAGCCAAUAGGCAAAGGCAGCUUCGGGGAGAUCUUCCUCGCGUCGGACAAUGUCUCCAAGCCAGUCACAAGUGAAAAUGCCAAAUACGUGGUCAAGAUCGAACCGCACUCCAACGGGCCACUGUUUGUAGAGAUCCACGCACUGCUCAACACGGCUAAAAGAACAGAAUCCAAUCCCAUUCCCCCGGGCAUGCCAGAAUACAUCGCAUCCGGAUCGCAUUACUUCAAAGAUGAACGCUAUCGCUUCCUGAUCCUGAAACGCUACCAACGGGACUUGAACUCGUUGAUCAAAAACAAACGGGUCGAUCCGAAAAGUAUUCCCAUCAUUGCUUGCCAGAUAUUGGACGUCUUGGAGCAUCUGCACGACAAGGGUUACGUCCACUCGGACAUCAAAGCGGAAAACCUGAUGAUCGGGAAGGUGCCAGUUUCGGAGCUGACCAACGUCAAGAGCGCAAAACUGCUGAUUAACAAAUGUGCAAACGGUGAAAACUCGCCAAAUAAAAAGAAGACUGUAUCCGGUGGCGAAGGCGGCGGAGGUUACAAUGGCUUGCUAUCGACACCAACCGUAACGGUAAAGAAGGCUGUUGAGUUUAGCGGAUCGAAUCCGGUGCGAUCCUGUCGGGGCAAUGGCGUUGCCGAGUCGGAGAUCUAUCAGAAUAUGGUCAAGUCGCACUAUCUGCGCCCAUUGAAAAAUAUCGUUUACCGGGAUGACAGCGACGAUGAGGAUCAUAAAAAUAGCAAAAAUAAGCGCAAACGAAGGAAGGACGGGGAUAACAGCAAGUCGUUCUUCUACCACAUUACGACCAAAAAUGUGAAUGAAAAUUUCAAGCAGAUUGAUGUGCAUAUUAGUCGAAAUGGGGCGGCAAUAAAGGUAGAAGCUAAGGAAAAGGAUGAGCAGAAGAAGCAGAAGCAGGCUGGCACUGGACCUAUGGAGGAACGGAUUCAUUUGAUUGAUUUCGGAUUGGCUUCAAAGUUUAUGGACAGUACGGGUCAGCACAGGCCGUUCUGCAUGGACCAGCGACGGGCUCACGAUGGCACGCUGGAGUUCACUUCCCGGGAUGCGCAUAUGGGUGCGCAUGCGAGACGAAGCGAUUUGGAGUGUUUAGGUUAUAAUCUCAUCUUCUGGAGCCGCGGUUUCCUUCCCUGGAAGGACGAAAAGAUGCUCAAUCAACCGGAGCAGGUACACCGUAUGAAGGAGUACUUCAUGACAGAUGUCCGCGAAAUGCUGAAAACCAUCUACGGCGAGGACUGCCCCAAAUAUCUGGGCGAUUUCCUUCACUACGUGGGCGGAUUGACGUACGAUGAUCGGCCGGAUUACGACUACCUUCGGUCCUUGUUCUUCCAAGAGCUGCAACGGUUAGGAUACAAGCCGAAAUCUCGCCUCAAACUGAUCGUGGAGGACAUCGCCAAGCUGAGCCAGCGGCUAACCUCUCAGGACGAAGCGGAAUCCACCAACAAGAUCAACCACGUCAAAUCGUUGAUGAAGCUAGGCGUUCUGCCGUACCGCGAAAGCACUCUGCACAACAAAACCACAUCGCCGAAAAAUCUCCGCUCCAAACGGGACAGCGCACGAACUCCCGCCAACGGAAAAUCCCACGGCGGCAAAGGUUCCACCCACAAGAAGGAGAAGAAGUUUUGCUGGUCCGAGAUCCUCAGCACCGAUCCGGACCAGAUUGCGCGCGAGCGAGCGGAGAAGGAAUUCGAGCGGGCCGACCAGAUGGAAGAGGUUGUGAUUAGGUACAGCGGUAAUCCGACGUACGCGAUCAGGGAGCUUGAGAACAAAACUUCCAACGCUUUGGAUUACAUAGAGAGUGAAGACUACAUCAAAGGCUACACCAAACCGAUGAUGGACAUCCUGAGGAAGCGACAAUCGCAGCUCAUGAGGGAUAUCACCCAGGCGAAUGGUUUUAGCAGUAAUGGUGUGAAGAAACCACCCGACGUCAAGCACCGGGAUAAGACGAUGGUUGAAGCGGAACCGGAAGAGGAUGAAGAAAUGGAGCAGGAAGAUGAUGAGGAUGCACAGGAGGACGACAGUGAUAAUGAAGAAGAGGAGGACGAAGAGGAAGUGGCAGCGGAAGAGGAAGAAGAAGAUGGUGAAGAGGAAGCAGAAGAUGAGGAAGAAGACGAGGAAGCGGAUUCCGGCAAUGACGAUGUUGACGGAGAAGAAGAAGAGGAAGUGGAGGAAGAGCAGAUCCAUGAUAGGAGAAAACUAACUCAGGGUAAAAGGCAGGUAGCUCGGAAGAUGGGUCGAACGACAAAGGCGGCCACCAUUAGGAAAGAAGAAAGUGAUAGUGAUUUUAUUAAUGACGUCGAAGAGGAGGAGGAAGAAGAGGAAGAUGAACAGGUGAACGGCGAAGAGGAAGCGGAGAAACAGGAUUCGGAAGUAGACGAGAAAGCGGAAGAAUCGGAAGGCAGUGAAGUGAUAGGUAAACCGCGAACCGUGCGUAGACGACAGCUACUGUCGGAGAGUAGCGACCAGAAGGAUAGCGAUUUUAACGAUCAAGAAAGCUCGGAGUACGAAAGCCGAGGCUCGCGUGGCCAUCGGAAGCCAGGUGGCCGACAAAGACUGAACCGGGAUCGGUCCAAGCCCGGUCACAAUAAUCAUCAACCCUACUCAAAAGCCAACGCCGGCAACAACAACAAAAAAGUUCCUGUGAUAGCCAGAAAUAACAAUAAUAAUAAUAACCACCACCACCAUAAGCCGUAUUACGGAGACGUGGACGAUUCCUCCCACGAUGCUCCGCCGCAGCACCACGACCGGGAGCAGCAGCAAAAGUUCCGGCUUAUGAAGCGUCGUAAAUCCGGCCUUCGAGAACGGAUACGACCGACCGCGCGCAGCAUUAACUAUCAGGAUGAUCUGCAUCAGAAGAAAUCCCGCAAAAGGUCCGCCAAGCGGUACAGCGACGAUGAAGACUACUGCCAAGUGGACGAAUCUUCCUGCAGUUCGAGUCAUUCGGCUACCUCGGUCGGAUCCGCCAGUACAGCAGUUAGUUCGGAUUUCUCCGAGUAUUCAGAUCAAGCUGUUCCAAAGCGGAAGUCCUCCCGGAAACGCGUGAUACCAGCCUUCUCCAACAGCAGCCGCUCGGCCCUUUCGUCCAACUCCCGAUCCUCUUCCGUGCAUAACGUGGCAGCUAAUGGCGGAGUUACCACUGCCACCACCAACGGCCAUGGGAUCUUCUCCGGUCGUCGGAUAUACCCGGACGACGAGGAUGACUUCUUCGACGACGAUGACACUCGGGAUAUGGACUACAGUCCGGUGAAAAACAAACGUACCAACCGGAAACCAAUCAACUCCCGGAAGACCAUUACUUCAUUGAAGAAGCGAAACGGCGAGAGCAAAGGAGGAUCAACGGCCGGUUCGACCGCCGCUGGGUUACCUGGCAGCUGUGCCGUGGCCGCCGUCUCCAAAGGCGGUGUCGUUGCCGGACUUCGGGGCAGACGCGAUCAUGCGAUCCGCACCUACAGUCGAGGAUAGUUGACGGUGGACCGUCGGCAAUCGAAGGAGAGCCGCCAUCGUUUGGGUUGCUGCAGUGGCGCUGCGGAGCGGCCAAUGCCCGACAAAAGCCCUAUUCGGAUGGAGCGACGGAACUACUACUGCUUCCGCGGGACGAAGAUCACCCGACAGGUGUUGUAAGUGUGACAUUAGGAAUUUUAAUUUUCUUUUUCUUGAACCAUGUUUAGUACGUGUAUGCAACUGUUCUUUUACAAAUUUUGUUAACUAGCAAAAGUUCGUGGAGAUUACAACCAAUUUGUAUACUGGCAGUACUGGAUUCGGGGUAGUAAACCGAUGAUUCCGCAGGUAAUCACAAGAAUAUUUCUUUUUUGUUCAGAAUUUUCAUUAUUCAAUGGCGUAUUAAGAUGUGGAAAUAGUUGUGUGCAUAAAGCCGAUAUCAGUCAAACAUUAUUUAACAUUUAUCUGUUUUAAACCGUUUUUCUGUUGCCUUUCUACAUCCAUGAUCUUGCCGAAUAAUUUUAUUUAUUCUCAAAUAAACCAGUUCGGAUGUUUGUCUUUUUUGUAAAGAACUUCGUUUCAGUAGAAGUGAUCUAACAGUUCCAGUUGUCAAAUUUUGUUGACCAGUGUUGGACCUUCCGUUUGGACCUCCCAAAGAAAAGUAUGUAUGAUAUGACCUAACGCAAUUUUGUUCUAUUUGUAGAGCACAGAACGACAUAAAUUGAUGCGGCAUCUUUGUAAGAUAGAAGUCUGUACUUUUCAAUAAUAUUCCAAUAUACAUAUAUAAAUAGAAUCUAUCAAAUUCGUGUAUCUGUAGUAGAUUAAAUAAAUUAAUGAAAGAAAGCUAAGUUCACCCUUCGGGGGCACUGCUAUAGGAAUAUGAAGCAAUUUUAAUUCAAACUCCACCUUUUAAUGAACAUAGAAUCAUUGAAAGAAAGCUCUUUUUAAGGAACGAGACAACCUAUGGGAACCAAACUGGUUCCGUCAAACUUUACCAAGAUGCAAUUAUGAAUAAUCCCAGUUAGUGAUGAAAAUAGCUCUUUAUAGUAAUCCAAGAAACCGUACCGUAUGUCAAUCCGAUGAUGACCCAAAUUGUUAAUAAACUGUGAAGAAUCUCCUCCGCAAAAUGUUCCAUUCUGUUACACAUUUUCUUUUGGUAGAAAUUUAAAUCAGGUGCAGGUUUCCAAGAAAACAUCUGCUUCCGUAGCUAAAAUUCCUAUAAAACAAAUACAAUCAAACUGUUGACAUGGUUGUUCCCUUUUUGACGCUUCAUAGAGCAAAUGCCGAUCGAUCUCCUUGUUGUUGAUGAAUCGCCCCCUUAUCCCUAAAUACCAACUUUUCACUAUUGAUUGUGAAUCAUGGCAGUUAUUUCCCUGUGCAUAAAAAAGCCGGCGUUUUCUACUGCAGUAAAAUUGUAUAGACGAACUAAAUUGAUCAUAGGAAUCCGUAUAAAAGCUACUCAAUGAGCGAACAGCGUCAUCCUAAAUAGAUGUAUUGGAAAAUAGUAAGCAAAAAUAAUCAUGUAAUAAAUAUUAUAAAUAAAAAUAAACCAACCCUAUGCAUUAUACCACAUUACUUUACACUGAGAAGAAAAUAGCAAAAUGCCGUUAAUUCAAAACUCAGAACAGCAGAAAUUAAUCUUAAUGCAAAA